UAAGUAUGGAUGGAAUGUAGUGUGCUUGUAUGUGCUGGAGAGAGAGAGAGAGAGAGAGAGAGAGAGAGAGAGAGAGAGAGAGAGAGAGAGAGAGAGAGAAAAUGGAUGUUUAUGUACAUGGUGAGGACAACCUCCCCUAAAAACACAAUCUUCUAAUUAACAGGAACAUCAAAGACUUAAUGAAAAUUUUCAGUCCCUGAUGAAGCAGAAGGAGCUGCUCACCCGGCAAAGGGACUUGGCAGUAAAGCUGCAGCAUCACUUCACUGUGUCCCAGAUGAGGUUUGAAAACCUCCAGCAGGAACUGGAGCAGACCACAGCCCAGGAAGAGAACCUCAUGCAGAAGGAGCUGCUGGUGAAGAAACACUAUGUUCCAGCACCUCUCCAGAAAACUGAGAAGGCUGGAAGAAGCCAGAGACACCUUGAAGGCAUGAUAUUCUACACUCCAGGUUCACGGCCUCCUCAGAAAAUGCCACCUCUUCAGCUGUGAACUCACUAGUGAGGCAAAUAUCAACCUAUCAUCAGUCAAUCCAGUCACAAUCUGAUCCACAUCUGUGGCUCACUAUUCCCAGAGAAAAGAUUGUAUCACAAAUAGUCUGAGAUUCAGAGAACACAACACAAAUUACUAAGAACCCUGACAUCCAUCAGCACGUGGUCCCAGUGAGGGGCAAAACAAAAUGAAGAGGACAUGUGGGUGAGCAAGAGUUCUUCUGUCAGCUUCCUAUCAAGGGCUUUGACAAGCUGACUCCAUAUGUGAUGGGCAAUCUGACAAGGAAGACUGUGUUAACAUCACUUUGUCGUCCAGACAGACCACAACCAAAAGCAUAAGAUUCUCUCCAGUACAGUGCUAAAGCUGACUUGUGCAAGCUGACUUGAAGCCAUGUCAUGUGCAAGUUUUGCUGAAGAUAAUUCACUGCAGAGAAUAAGCUAGUUCCUCACCUCAUUUGCUCUCCCCUAAUGAAAUACCAAGUGAUCCUGAAAUUUGCUUAAUGUUUUUGUUUAUAUGUUGGGAUAUUUAUGCUUUGGAUUUUGGUUUUCUUCAUUUUGGUUUAAGGUUUUGUUAAUUUUUGUCAUUUCUUAUAUUCUUGUCAUUGUUUUAAUAGUUUGCUAAGGCGUUACUUUAUAUAUAAGGACUGCUGUUUUGAAAGCCCCCAUUGAGUAAAAUGAAUGUAUUUUUAUGAGUAAAAUGCAAUUUCAAACUUCA